CCCCCCCCCCCCCCCCCUUCCAUCGUCAUUGUCACAGCGCAGCUAUCAUCAGCACUAGUGCCCAUUCGAGUUGCAUACAAUAGGAAGAAGCUGUCCCAUCAUUUCAUCCGACGGGAUUCUGCUUCUUCCUCGCUACGCCUUCAUCCCAUCGCCUCCAUCGGACGAGCGGGCAUCGUCUGGUCCGCGCUUGCUUCGACCUGCGCCCCCCAGGUUCCCCUUAUGAGGUUGCAUUGCGGGUGUCAACAUGCAAGCGCAUUACUAUCACUCCUCGACUAACCCGAACCAACCGGGAGGGUCGUAUGAGCUUCCUCCGGUGCACGCGGUAACCUCGCCCCCAGCGCCAUUCCAACCGCAUGGACCCGCGGCUCCUCUUCUUUCCGCUCCGCCGAGUCGACCCGAUAGCGGGUUGCGCAUGGCCCAUCUACUUCAGCCGUUGGCACAACAUAUGCCCAAUCCCCCGCCGCCGCAAGUAACGAACGUUCCCACCUACUCGCGUUCGUACGAGUCCAGCGGCUCCCCCGCAGAGGGCGUGUCUAUGUUGCCCGAUGCACCCUCGCUGAAUGGCUCCGGGCUGCUUCAGCCCGUUGGCGGGGGUGGUGCGGCUGGUCCGCACGCCCACCACCAGGCACAGCAGCCCUUACAACAGAAGCGAGCGUAUCGACAGCGAAGGAAAGACCCCAGUUGUGAUGCCUGUCGGGAACGCAAAGUCAAGUGUGACGCUUCCGAGUCCUCCAGUUGCACAGAGUGCACCAACCGCAAGGUUCGCUGUCAGUUUACCAAGGAGACUAACAGACGCAUGUCUUCAAUCAAACAAGUACAGGACCUUGAGAAGCAACUGCUAUCAACCAAACAACAACUCCAUCAACUUCGGUCGGGGAUGCUACGAUCCGACAAUCUGAUGGACUUGGACAUUGACGGCGCGGGGCAACCUCAACUGAAACUUCCGGACGUCGGAUAUCGUCCCCCGCGCCGGCCACAAGCGCCGGUGAUGCAGGAUCUGACCGAGGCUCGUGCCAAUCUGCGGAAAUACGGGAGGGGCAUCCUGAGGGUGCCCCCUCCAUACCGACAGCAAGGGCCUAAGUCCUUGUUGUCCACCGACCCUCCCCCACUGCCCCCGAAGGAGGUGGCCAAUCGCUUGCUGGCACAGUACUACAGCUGCAUCCACUCCGUCCUUCCAGUGAUCCAUUGGCCCACCUUUGUGAAUGAAUACGAGAACGUCUACCAGGCCGGGACGCUCCUAGGAGUUUCCCGGGAAUGGGCAGCAGUACUGUUUGGAGUCUUCGCCUGUGGGUGUCUACACACUCUGGAGGCGAAUCGGGAACAAGAAGGCAAAGAAUUCGUGAAAGUCAGUUGCGGGGUGAUCGACGUAUGGCAGGACAACUUCACCUUGGACCAGGCACGGGCGGCGCUGCUGGCCAGCAUCUUCCUGUAUGAAGUGAAUUCGCAAUCGGCUAGCUGGGUAUGGAUUGGAUCUGCGAUAAGAGUUGCGCAGGAGAUCGGGCUGCACCUGGAGUCGGGGCCCUGGUCCCCUCUUGAGGGUGAGAUUCGAAAGCGGUUGUGGUGGGGGAUGUACACUUGGGACAGGCUUCUCGCCUUGGAGAUGGGAAAACCAGUUCUCAUCAAUGAUCAAGACUGCGAUGUGGAUCUCCCCUGUCCCAUCGAUGAGCAGUACCUCUCGGAUGGCAAUUUUGUGCCGGAAAGCCCGCAAACGUCGCCGUUACUUGCCACCAUCCACGUCGUUCGAUCCAUCGGUCAGCUAUCGCGAACCUUGAGAAGUUCCACGAUUAGCCAGGGUACCCUAGAAACGUUCGAACGACACUUGAACACCUGCCUCGCGACCUUCCCUCCCCAGUACCACCCCAAAGCCGACCAGUUCCUUGAUCCCCGCACGCUCGCCCCGAUCCUCUACCUCCAGAAUGCUCGACUUAUCCUGCAUCGCCAUAAUAUUUCCCCGUUCUGUGCGCCCGAAACUCGAUCGUCAGCAUUGGACUAUUGUGUCUCUACCGCCCAGGAUACGGCACGUCUACUCUCGCGCUGUAUGCGCCCACCGUCCAGCCCUGGCCAUGGUUUUGUGACUACGGCCGGCGAUGACUGGAGGCCACUGCUGGCCUCCUCCGCCAGUACUAUGCUGUGCGCCCACCUCUGGCGCAGCAUACUGUUACUCCUGUUCCGUCAGGAAUAUGCUGCCGCUCUCAUCUGUGUUCAAGCAAGUGCUGCCAUUGGUGAUUCACGCGCGGUGAAUGCUGCCUGCGGGCGCUACCUCGCAUUCUUCCUAAAAGCGGUGUUGGACCGGCUGCGGCGCAACGAGUUGACGGUGUUGGAGCGGGACGAAGAGUUGAUGGCAUAUGUGUCGGGCGACAUGCAAGGCACCGCUGAGGCUGGCUGGAUAUGGCAAGGGAGUGAAACCGGCUCCCAGUUGGAGACGAUGUCGCCCAAAAUCAACAGCCCCGUCGCGUACUCUCAUACCGAGAGCAAUGACCGACCCAGCGGUGGGUCGGAAAGCUGGGACGGCUGGAGCUGGGUGGAGCAGACGGUGCAGUAUCUCAGCGAGAGAACUCAGCAGCAGCAGGAGCUCCAGCAUCGUACAAAGCCCCUGGAAUCGAUGUACCUUGGCCCGGAAACAGCCAACACGAGCUCCGAUGCGACAACGCCCCAGUCAAGCUCGUCUCAUUCGCGCAUGACCAUUGCAAGCAUAAUCUAAGCUGGCUUUGCAAUGACGACAUUUCCUACCAUGGCGGAUGCGACACCCGCCUUAUUUUGAUUGAUAGGGGACUAUGUGAAACACGGCCGAAGCUUAAGCAUUCAAGUCGCCCUACCCGCCUAGGGCGCGAGACCGUUCCCCUACCGGGGCAAUCAGUUGUACUAUUUCUACUUGUAUUAUCGUCGAGGCGAUUCUGUGGCGGCCCCACAGGCAUGUGAGAUGAGAUCAUGGAUUACGAAUCAGCUGCGAUGUUUUAAUUUCCGUAGAUAGUGUUGGAAUCUUGUAUACAGUACAAGCAUGUAUAGCCGGAAGCUAGACACUGAACUUGAUCCUUUGGCAUAUGAGCAUAGCAUUACCACGGAUACAUUAUAUCACAUUGGGUCAUUAGAUAAAUGAAC